CAUUUCGGGCAUGUUAUGGAUUUAUGGAAAUCGGAAGAUCAAGCAAUGAUUAGAAUGAAGAUGGCGUAUCAUUUACAGUUAUGUUUCUACACUCUACAUUUUUACUUAACGCUGGAAAAAGUGUGGGGUGUAGACUUCCACACUUUGAUAGACCCUGGACAGGACUGUACUGGACAACCUACCCUUUCCCCUAAUCACGUUGAUGAUGAUGGCCCUUCUCUCACGUCUGUGAACCUUCGCAGUAUUUUGAAGUGGAAAUCAGAGGAACGGUACUGUGAUAUUGAACUUGGAAAUGGCACUCAUUGGAUACCUCUACAUGUGCCUACAACCUGCGUAAGGGGUUGUUGCAGUGCUGACCUAUCCGGUUACAUCAAGGACAUUUAUGUGCAUUACCAGGCAAAAGUGAGAUGUCCAAGGGGCAAUUUGGAAUCCCAAUGGAAUACAUCAUGUAGAAUGCAACUGUAUAAAGAUGCUAGGGUGGGUCCCCCAUUGUUGAAUAUUUCCCUUGGUCAGAGUCAACUGGACAUCGUGGUGAAGCUACCUCCCUCUCCAUGGUUUACACAAAAUGGAAGCCAACUCCCCAUACAGAGAUAUAUCAGUAAACUUGGACACCUGAUUAUCAGUGUGGAAAUAGGAAGCCAGCUCUGGAACACUAUAAACACUGACUUUGUGGAAUCCACCAGAUACAGAUGUUUAGUGUCUGUUCCGCACAUUCUAGGUGCAGUGUACUGUGUGACAGUAUCAUCCAAGAGUAACAAUGGAAUUGUAGAAAAGAAAUGUGAAAAAGCACCAAAUGGAGAAAAGUUUAUCUCUUUACAUACAGCUGUCACGGUCUUAGUGGGGAUCAUGUUUAUUGUCUGUCUUGGCCUACUGAUUUGGAGAUGCCAGUGCCUCAGAACUACCAUAUCACAGCCGAAAGUGUUGGACUUUCCUGUACAUCCCCACCCUGCUGUUUUCGUGACAGAAGAGUUGAACCUUCAUCCAGCUCUAUCACUGGUGCACUUAGAAAAGACUGUUAGUCCAACAAAAGUCAGAAAACUAAUGUCAAGGAACGAAUAUUUAGAAAAUGGUUUUAUAGUGAAGCUUGGACCAAAUCAGGAAGGUUGGAAAAAUGGAGAUUGGGAUUUAACAGAAGACAGUUCAGCAUACAGCCAAGAGAUUAUGACAAAUUCUGCAACUGAAAAUCCACCCCUGUAUUGUGGAAUUCCUGAUUAUUGGGAAAACUCUACAAACAUAAACUUAAACUAUCUUCAGGUUAUGGAGGCAUGGUGGGAUUUGUCUAUUAAUGAGGCAAGAGGGGAGACUGACAAUGACAUUUUGGAUGUUUGUAAUGGUUCAAAAGAAUGCAGUGCAGAUGAAAGGGAGAAAGAAGAUAAUGUACAUUUGAAAACUAAUGGAUACAAGAGGAGAUCUUUAGUUUUAGUUUGAACUUUUAGUCGAAGCAUCAAAUGUGUUUUUUUCACCACCACUUUAUUUAACAAGAACAAAGCUAUUACUGUAUGCUAUUGCAUAUAUAAUGUGCAACCAGAUUCUCCAGCACUAUAUGAUGUGUAUUAAUGGAUUUAAAAAUAACAUUUAAACAUUGAAGCUGCCCUUUAUUUGUUAAAGCCAGAGACGCUCAGUGCCGGCGACCAAUAGAGUCACCCAUACAGACAUUUAACU